GUCUAUCCUUUUCAAUAAGGAGAAAUAAAAUUUCUUCUUACUACGUGCUCAUUUAUUUCCCUUUUUGCCUCUCCCACGGACCAAACAUCGGCUCACUUUUUCAUACUCAGUACAUUGAUUAACGGAGGGUAGAUGUUUUACUCCGGAAAAAUGAAGCAAUAAGGUUGUCAUGCAAGAGUGUUAAAAUAUGAGCGCCAACCAGUUUCUGGAAAUCCCCAAAGUGGAGUCAGAUGCGCAGAACAUCGGUAGGGAAGCCAACAAAGACGGUGAUGAUGUUCACACACACUCAGAUACAGAGAUUCAGCCUAGGAGCGAGCGAGAAGAAGCCCUUGUCGCUCUCAUUGAACAUCGCACAAGGGAGGUUCAUCAUCUCCAACAACGCAUCUGUUACUAUAAAUCCCAGGUUUAGUUUCAUUUGUAUCAUUACAUCUGAUGGAUGAUUUAGUUGCUUACUAUAUCCAAUUCUUUGGAAUUGAUGUUAGAUAACAUUAUAUUUAAGAAAUUGAGUGGACUUAA